CAGAAGAACCUGAGGCAGUACCAGACCCGGACGAACCACCACCACCUCCUCCUCCACCACCGCCGCCACCGCCUCCCAAACGAAUGGCUGAACUAGCAGUUGGAAUCAAUGGCUUUGGACGCAUCGGACGCUUGGUCCUCCGAGCCUGCAUGGAGAAAGGGAUCAAAGUGGUGGCUGUCAAUGACCCUUUCAUCGAUGUCAACUACAUGGUAUACAUGUUCAAGUAUGACUCUACCCAUGGGCGCUUCAAAGGAGAGGUACAUGCUGAAGGUGGCAAGCUAAUAGUGAACGGGAAUAAGAUCUCAGUCUUUCAGUGCAUGAAACCAAACGAGAUUCCUUGGGGUGAGGCAGGAGCACUGUACGUAGUAGAAUCAACUGGCGUCUUCCUCACUGUUGAUAAAGCCUCGGCUCAUCUCCACGGUGGGGCCAGACGAGUAGUGGUGAGUGCCCCAUCCCCUGAUGCACCUAUGUUGGUGAUGGGCGUCAAUCACGACAAGUAUGAUCCCUCAAGCAUGAAUAUUGUGAGCAAUGCCUCCUGCACCACCAACUGCUUGGCACCAUUGGCCAAAGUCAUUCACGACAACUUUGGCAUUGUGGAGGGCCUCAUGACCACCGUUCAUGCCUACACUGCCACUCAGAAGACUGUGGAUGGUCCUUCUGCCAAGGCUUGGCGUGAUGGCAGGGGCGCCCACCAGAACAUCAUUCCCGCCUCCACUGGUGCUGCCAAAGCCGUGGGCAAGGUCAUCCCUGAGCUGAAUGGGAAGCUCACUGGCAUGGCCUUCCGUGUGCCGGUGUGUGAUGUCUCGGUGGUUGACCUGACCUGCCGCCUCGCCAGGCCAGCCACCUAUGCCCAGAUCAAAGAUGCUGUCAAGAAGGCAUCAAAAGGGCCCAUGGCUGGGAUCCUGGGAUACACAGAAGAUGAGGUGGUUUCGACUGAUUUCAUUGGUGACAACCGUUCCUCUAUCUUUGAUGCUGGAGCUGGGAUCUCUCUCAAUGAUAACUUUGUGAAGCUCAUCUCCUGGUACGAUAAUGAAUAUGGCUACAGCUGCCGUGUAGCAGAUCUCCUUAAGCACAUGUUCAGCAAGGAGAACAACUGAGCACUGCCCACCCGCUCCAUUCCAGGCUGU